AUGCAGCCAUCACCUUCUUCCAUGAGUUUCCCCAACAAAUAUGACUCAAAUGGGGCGCCCAUCCACUGCCACCCAGAUCACAACUUGGGCCAAUUGUUGAGCUUAGGCCUCUGCACACCCGAGGGGCAGCCCUCCACGGACACCAAAGCCAAGCUCGCCAACCGUGGCGAGGACAGGCUGUUCUCCUGCAACUACUGCAUGAAGAAGUUCUACAGUUCACAAGCGUUGGGAGGCCAUCAAAACGCCCACAAGAGAGAAAGAGGAGCCGCCAAAAGGCACCACCACUCCGAUCCCAGGACCACCAUCAUGCUCUCUACAAUGGCUGCUUCUCUCAACUACGCAGUUGCUUCCCUUGGUAUCACACCCCAUUCCCUUCCCCAUAACCCCACACAAGGUGCUGGGAUUCAAAAAACGCCAUUGCCAACACCUUUGAGAAGGGAAGAUCAUGCCAUGGAAGCUUCCGAUUCCACUUGGCCUGGAAGCUUCCGAUUUAAGAAACAAGGAUCAUCCAUGAACCACCUAGACUUGAACCUUCGACUAUGAUCACCGCACCCACACACCAAAAAAUCAACCUCACUUGUUUUAAUGUAAAUUUUUACUCAUUUUUAAAAAAAAUUUAAUUCUUGCUUCUA